AUGUCGGACGCCGCGGUGGCCGUGGAGGCGGAGGCGGUGCCCACCACCCCCGAGCAGGUGCUGGCGGCGGGCGGCGUGUCCCGGAGGCGGCGCGGCACCUCCGCCAGCGGCAAGAGGCGCAGCCCCUCCGGGGGCGGCAGUUCGCGCCGGCGACCGCCCACGCCGGAGCCGCACGCCGUGCCGCCUCCGGAGGAGGACGACGAGCCGGCCUCGAAGAGCGACAGGCCGUCGUCGCCGCCGCCCCCAGCGCCGCGGGACGAGCCUCCAGUUCCCCCGGUGAAGGCACGCAAGAAAGCUCGCAGCGACAAGUCGGCCUCCAGGAGGAGCCAGUCCGCCAGCAGGGACGCCGAGGAACUGAUAGCCGCCGUGGAGGCGGAUAUCGCGGCGGCGAGCCAGAGCGGCCAGGAGCAAGUCGUGUCCGGCAAGAUCGCCUUCGUAGAUGGCCAGGUGUCCACCACCACUGAAACUAUAGUGACCCACACUAAGAGGUUCACUGUGGAGAAGGUGGACCCGGCAGUGCUCCAGAAGGAGUUCGCGGCAGCGGAGGAGAAGACUGAGCUCAGAUCGAGCCACGACAAUAAUAUAAUUCAGACGACAGCCGUGGUAGAGGCCAAGCCUAGGUCGGAAGAAAAGACAGAGAAAAAAGACAAAGUAGUUAAGGCGAAAGAAGCGACAGCGCCGAAGGAAGCGGUGUGGGGCCCGUUCCUGCGCGACGUCUACCGGGAGUGGGGCGCUUUCAAGAGGCAGUAUGCCGGCGAGUACAACCGCAUCCUGUCGAAGCGCAACCAGUGCGUGGCCGAGCUGCUGCUGAUGGUCAUCUUCUGCGGCCUGGGCGGGUUGCUCUUCCGCUUCACGGAGGGCGCCUUCGAGUCAUUCUACAAGUGCGGCGUGAAGCGCGUCAAGCGGAACUUCAUCGACGACCUGUGGCUGAGCAGCCACAACUUGCGCGAGGAGGACUGGAAGUCGGUGGCGCGCCGCCGCCUCAUGGAGCUGGAGAACCAGCUGCACGCCGCCCACGAGGCGGGUGUCACCUCGUACAGCGGCCAGCGCGCCUGGAGCUUCGUCAACGCCAUCGUCUACUGCCUCACCGUCGUCACCACCAUAGGCUACGGACACAUCUCGCCCAAGACGACGACGGGACGCGCAAUCACGAUCGUGUACGCCAUCUUCGGCAUCCCGCUCUUCCUGAUCCUGUUGGCGGACUUCGGCAAGCUGUUCACGCGCGCCAUCAAGUUCCUGUGGGCCUUCGUGCGCCGCCUCUACUACACCGGCAGCUGCAAGCGCGUGCGCAGGACUGCCCCUGUCCAGGAGGUGUGGAAGGGCGUGCAGCUGGUGUACGACUUCGCGACGUUCAGACGGCCCAGCCAGGUGCCGCCGGGGACCGACCCCACGGCCCUGGAGGACGCGGAGGCGAGCGUGCCGCUCAACAGACCGCAGUCCGACGCCGCCCCCGUAGCUGCCCCCGCUCCGCCCGGGGCGCCUCCAGGAGCCAUGGCCCCCCCCGGACAGACGGUGCUGCCCAUAGACGGGCUCGAACCCGGCACCCCGGCGCCCUCCGCCUUCGAGGUCGACGACGAGUUCAACCUGCCCAUCUCGAUCGCCAUCUUCAUACUGCUCGCCUACAUCUUUGUCGGUGCCGCAAUCUACUUCGUGUGGGAAGACUGGGGAUUUUUCGAGUCCUUCUAUUUCGUCUUCAUAUCGAUGUCGACAAUCGGAUUCGGCGACUUCGUUCCUCAGCACCCAAUGUACAUGAUGGCUUCCAUUGUCUACUUGGUAUUUGGUCUGGCCCUAACAUCUAUGUGCAUCAACGUUGUGCAGAUAAAGCUGUCCGACAGCUUCCGGCAGGCGAGCGCCAAGCUGGGCGCCACGAUAGGCCUGCGCGUCACUGACGAGGACGGCGUCGCGACGCCCAUCCCGGCGACGCCGGUCGUCGACCUGAGCGACGUGCAGCCGUCGCUCGGCAAGUCGGCGUCGACGUGAGCGUCAGCGGCGCCGCAGUGCCCACUUGCGGAGCCCACCGCCUGCACUCCGUCCCGGGGCUUCGCUCGUCGAAUCAGCUGGCUGGCCGUGCCAGUCGCUCCCUGCUGAAAGAGAAAAUUUCACUUUGACUGCCAUGCUUCGGCUGCUAUGCCCGUAAAAAAACGUCUCCACGAAAGCAGACAGAGAACACACGGUAGACUAAUCCGCUGGGCAGGUUCCCACAAAUACUGAAAUAUCUCAGAAUAAUGUUUGAGGAACGUGGUACUGGUUCCUCAGUCUUGUACUACGAUAGUGACCGCACUGCGUUUUACUGUGUCUCUGAGGGGAACAGUAACGCGUAAGACCUCCACUUUCAUUGACCGUCCAUACAGUGAAACUUGCAUCUUAGCCAGAUGCAGGUCAAAGAGCCUAUCCGAGGAUGCAUCUGGAUUGUGAUAUGUUUGUCCAGGACGCAUGAAAUUGAUUGAUAUCUGCGAUUGUAUCACCUAAUUUAUAAAAUGUGGCUUUUUCAGCUGCAGUUAUAUUUAUUUUACCCAUUUUUAUUGGCAUCAUAGGUUUCGCCAGAUGCUGCCAUCAUAAGGUGUGUUAACUGCUACUUUUUCAUCAACUAGACUGCUGUUCAUCGUGAGAAAGUUUUUUCUGGAAGUGGCAGUGAAUUUAAGUUCCGAAAUAUUGUCGUCAUACUUCGGGAAGACUAAUUUAUGACAGUGUGUGCCCUUUUGUGUCUGUGAUUUUUUUAAUAGCUACAAACAUAUUUUUAUUUACAUGUAGUGGGUCACACAGAUUGUCUGUACGACAGUGCAUCAUCACUCUCCUUUUCUGGAUCAUUUGUUUACAAUGGAGAGUUAGUACUAAGAAAUGCAUAAAAAUGAUUAAAGUCAAUAAGUACAGAAAAUCACACUUCAUAAAAGUGUUAUGAUGUAAACACACUUGCUCAAAACUUGUAUUUUUUAGUAUUGUGUGUAUUACCUUAGCAGCUGAAAUACAUAUUACCUUAGUGGUUGAAGAAUCUUUUCAAUGGUCUAGUCACUACACUGCAAAUAACUGUUUCAGAAAGUAGUAAUAGUGAUGGGUACGUUCUUGUACUCUGUGUACUAGGUCAAAAUGUAUUACAGCUGAAUGUAAGUAAAAAUAUUUGAUAAACUAUUUAAAUAAUAAAACACCUACAAUGGUGCACACUGACGUAACUUACUCUUUCUGGACAGGGACAACCUUUUCGAAUCUUAGCUCACUGGCACAUCCACCAAAAAUGAGUUCUCACUUUACAGUAAUUUAUAACUAGCAGUCACUGUACACAUAGCACUGAGGUACGUGAUGCCACCGAAACGCUAGGUGCCAAUAAAUACUGGAUAAAAUAUUCUUGACUAAAAAUAUAUUAUUUUACUAAAAGUAACACUGUCCACAUAAAUCAGCCGUCAAUAACGCGUUUAUUACCAGUCCACUGUUUUAGAUUAAUACUUGCACAUUACUUAUUUUUCUCGUAUCAGGUUAACUCAGAGAGCUCUUUCCUUAUGUGUAUUAUGUCUUGAUGUUUUAUCUAAUCGAUCUACCGUCUUAUUUGUCAAUUGAUGCUGUGAUAUCAUAGUGAGACAUGAAUAUUGCUGGAAUAUGCGGUGUGUUUCCAAACCUCUUCGUGAUUCUUGACUCUGAAAUGAGUACAAGACAGUUCCUAGGGGACAGGAAGACUACAAGUAUUACUAUGUCCCACUGCGUUCCUCAACUCACGGUACAAAAAUAACAACGAAGAAUCUUGAGUGGUAAUGGUAUUCAGCAAAGUCACUUUUUGUAGCAGAAGUUAUGUACAGUAACGGGCGUUGACGUGGUUCACGAAAAUGCAAUAAGUAUCUGUGGUGAUAAAAUAUCGAUUAGACGAAAAAGGAGUAAGAGUUUCAAAGCUAUCAUAUCGUUUACAGAGCUCAUUAAAAUGGACUGAGAAAAUAUCAGAUACAACUAGUAUUUUCCCAUAUUUAGGGAAAGGUAUCAUCGAUUGACCAUCCAUAUUUAGUAGUAAGUUUCCCCUUAUUUCUCCACAUCAUCGAAGCCUAAUACCGGUAUUAUUCUUUCCAUAUGACUCUCCAACUGGAAUUUGUACACCAUAUCUAAUAAGAUACUAUCUUAGUGAUUGUACCCACAUCCGAAACCUUUGUGUUCCAUUCACCUCAAACAGCAUGUUCAGUCACAUCACAUUUAUUUUUCUUUUCAAGAAGAGUGGUGUCAGCGCAUAAAAGAGGGAAGGAUUGGGAGAACUGUGCCACAUAUAUGUCACUCAAUUACCUGUUUCUAAGGCCAGCAGGGGAUUCCCUUAAAUAAGUCAAAUGCAGAGCACCGAGUAUGUCUAAAAAUAUAAAAACUGAGACAUUUUCUUUGUUUCUGGCUUCAAACUAUUUAAUGUCAAUUAUCAAUAAGGUGUUAUUCCGAUUGCAGAACAAUUGUCCAGAUCUUAGAGAUUGUUUAUAGCGCCUUUACCGCAGUCACUGAACGUGCAGUACGGAGACGAUAGUUACUGGGGACUUGCACUAGUACAAAGUCUUCAAGCCUACCCGCUUCCAAAACGUGCUUCGUGUUAAGCUGAGUAUACAGUAGGGGAACAAAAAUCUCAGUAAUUCUCACGCUGACUGCGCGAACUAUUAUGCAGCUCACAAUAUUGCUCCUCAGAACAUUACCAUGAACGAAGGUUGUCAGUUCCGUUCCCUGGGAAACUAUCUCACAAUCUACGAACCUGUUGGACACCGAAAAUCCGUUAAGUAGUUUAGAGACUGGUGGGUGUUCUUUCUAAUGUCUUAUUAAGUAAGUUACACGUUUCGAAAUAUAGGUUACCGUGCAUACCCUACAGAACACAUGUCGCAUUACGCUUGAAGAAUUUCCUGAGGCACACUGCAAAACAACUUUCAAUCUCAACAAUGUUUUACUUUCAUAUAUGCCUGUUUUCACUUACCACUAUUUGCGAAAGUGUAAUAGACGUUCUUGACUAAAGCAAAUUAUUGUUCUCAAAUAAUAUGGCGUCCUUAAUUGCUGUAUAGUUUCAUGACCUCGCACAUUUGUUAUGAGACACUAAAAAUUUCAUGGUCAUAUUUGAACUAUUGUUCCAUAUUUCUGUGUUGUAAUUGAAUGUAAAAGCAUUAGCGUUCUCAACUUAUUUUGAGGUUGUCAUUAACAGAUGAAAGUAAUUUCUUUUACUGAUUCUAAGAAAGGAGAUCGGAUCUAAUUUUGCACAAAAUAUAUUUCUGUAAUUUUGUUUCUGUGAAGUGCUCUAAACUUCUUGUAUAUUGAAUAAUAAAUAACACUGUACUACUAGCAUAUUUUAUCUAAAUAUAAAGCUUUUAUAUUUACUGCGCUGUGAGUUGUUAAUCAUUGGACAGUAAUGAGUGUGACUGAGAGAAAAAUGAAUUGUAUUUCUCUAUUGUUUUACAUUUUCAAUAAAAUAUCCGUUUUAUUUUAA